UCGCCGUGGAAUAUCAUAACCUGGGAACUGUACUUCCAGUGCCUUUGAGGAACAACGGACCAAUUUCCAGGGGCACAAAGAAAGCAAAAUAGACCGACAUUACUGCCAAGACUGAGACAGAGACGCACAAUUUUCGGUUUUUAUUUGUCGAAAUGGAUGACCAGGAAAUGCAGCUUAAAGUUAAAAGAGUGACCGAUAAAUUCACGGAAAGUAUGUACGUUUUGGCCAACGAACCGUCAGUUGCGCUGUACAGAUUACAGGAGCAUGUCAGGAGGUCACUUCCAGAGUUAGUACAACACAAAUCAGAUAUGCAAAGCUGGGAAGAGCAAAGUCAAGGGGCCAUUUAUUCAGUGGAGUAUGCAUGCAGCGCUGUUAAAAGCAUGACCAACAGCAGUCUCUACUUCAAAAGCAUAGAUGGAUUGCUUCGUCAGGCCAUCUCUAUGAAAGACCAGAUCAACAAUACCCAAGGCCGCAGGAAAAGAACGGUGGAGACUGCGGUGUCAAAAGAAGUGGGGGAGAAGCACGGUUCUGGAAUGUGAAGCGGCGGCCCUACAGGCCCUCUCACUCUGCACUGAAGAGGUGGGGGGUUCAAAAGGUCCCUUGUCCCUUAAUCUUGUGAGAGUGCUGCCAUUACAUCAGCAGACCAGGACCCCUCAAAAAAGGACCUCCCCACAAGGGAGACCUGUCAUUCGGCCAGGCCUGCCAUUAGAAUGCCUGUUUGGGGAUGUCUAUAAAAGAAGGAAUUGUUCUCAGUCGUGCAUACUGCUCUCAAGGAAUUUGACCAGACCUCGCUGCAGGUUGAGGUGCUGACUGACAACCUGAGAUUUUUCAAUGAGUUUAACUUUUGCUUUCCUUUUUAUCAUUUCUUUUAUUCUUUAAAAAAAAAAUCUAACUUGAGAUUGGCUUCACUGCAAAUGUUUGGUAUGAUUAUAAUUUAAAUUUGCUUAGUAAUGAUUAAAAUUACUUUUGUAAUAA